AUGGCUGAAGUAGGUCGAAGGCUGGCCAAACAUGACGUUCGACCAUUUUUACUACUGAUUGUUCUCUAUUUUCUGCAAGGAAUUCCGGUAGGGUUAGCCUUUGGAACGAUACCGUUUCUUCUCAAAUCGACCAUCAAAGGGAGUACAUUUACGUCAGUGGGGCUCUUUAGUAUGGCAACCUACCCAUACUCGCUGAAAAUUCUUUGGUCACCGAUAGUGGAUUCUGUUUACAAUGUGAAAAUUGGUAGACGUCGAUCGUGGAUUAUACCUGUGCAGCUUGUGAGCGGUUUAGCGCUUUGGUUACUAGGCUAUUGCGUUUCGAAGGACUUGGUUUUUGCCGGGGUGGAUGCUGCUUAUCGUGAGGGGUCAAUCGGUGUCGCUGAUGCCAAAAACACUAACAUUAAAGUUUUGACCAUUUGUUUCCUAAUUCUCGUGUUUCUCUGUGCCACACAGGACAUUGCCGUUGACGGAUGGGCACUCGAGAUUCUUUCUCAACAAUCCUUAUCUUUCGCUUCCACGGCACAAACUGUGGGGCUGAACAUGGGUUAUUUCCUUUCUUUCACAGUUUUCUUGGCAUUCAACUCCAGUGAUUUCAUGAACCGGUACGUCAGAUCGGUGCCAAAAAAUUACGGCAUUGUGAGCUUAGGCUCAUAUUUAAAACUAUCUGGAAUUACUUACGUUUUGGUUACUAUUUUCAUCAUUCUCAAGACGAAGGAGACGCCCGAUUUCGAUAGCGUUCUUCCUGGCCUGGCUAAGAAAAGCGACGAAAAGAAGCCCCAAUUGAUUGAAUAUGCUGUAGAUCUGACCGGGACUUCAAAGACCACUACAAAAAACGUCUACAGGGCCUUCUUUAAAGUUUUGAAACUCAAACCAGUCCAGUCCCUGAUUUUCAUCCAUUUCGUCUCCAAGUUCGCAUUCCAGUGUAAUGACGCUGCAACAAACCUCAAACUUCUCGAGCGCGGCCUCAAACGCGAAGAUCUUGCCAUUACAGUGCUCAUAGAUUUCCCAUUCGAGUUAAUCUUUGGCUACUAUGUCGCUAAGUGGAGUUCCGAGACCUGGGACAGAAAGCCAACCUCAAGCAAGUCAUAUUCGAGAUUUUUCGUCGGAGAAAGAGGCCCUUUAACGCCUUGGCUUUGGGGCUACUUAGGCAGGCUCGCAGCGGCAAUGAUGGGCUCUUACCUGGUAUGGGCAUUUCCCGAAACAAAGGAAAUUCCCAGCUAUUAUUUUAUGAUGGUUAUUUUGCAACAUCUGGUGAGUUCUUUUAUGGCAACAGUCCAAUUUGUUGGGAUAGCGGCAUUUCACAACAAAAUAGCAGAUCCCAUGAUCGGGGGAACUUAUCUAACACUUCUGAACACUAUCAGCAACAUGGGAGGAACUUGGCCACGGCUUUUGAUUAUGUCAAUGAUAGAUUUCUUCACGAAAACAGAAUGCUUUAUGGAUGCAGAACGCGCUUUCCACUUCACAGCUACGAGAAGCUCGUGCGAAAAAGACGGAGGCAAGCUCGUCAACACCCGGGAUGGAUAUUUUAUGACAAAUGCUCUUUGCAUAACUAUGGGCCUUUGUCUCUAUUUUGGAUACCUCAAGACAAAAGGUCAACAGCUCCAGAGACUUCCUCUUACUUCAUGGAGAUGCGAAUAA